GUUCUUUUUGUGCGCCGCAAAUUAUCUUAAAUUAUGUUUCUUUUUAUUGUGAACUUCAGUUAAAAAACGGGUGUCUGAUUAUUCAGAAAGGCUUUAAGCCUGAACUACUCAGAGGUAGUAUUUCCAUUUAUUUUACAGAAAAGGAGGCGUCUUCAUUUCAAACUGUUUCAUCCUUCUGCCAUGUGAGUCGCCGUUUCUCAUGGUUCAGAGUUUACUUACAGGACGCACCAAAUCCCGUCAGCUCUGGUUUUAUAGAUCACAACCUUUGCUUGGGCAGUGGCGUACGUAUGUUUCCGGCCCUGUUUUGUACGUACGCACCGUUUAUAAAUGAGGCCCCUGGUCGUGUUUAGUGCAGUGGUGCCUUAACAAACUGAAGAGGCAGGUGUCAUUAAAAAUUUCUUGAAGGUCUUCAUCAUAAUGAAAUAUUACGACAUAUUACGAAAAGGAUCAAGUUCUUAUCAAAAUACAGGGGAAAGCAAAACAAAAAAAGAUAAAAGGAAAUUUAACAACAGGGAAAAGAAUCCGUGUGUAGUUUUUAAAGGUGCUAUAUAAAUAAAAUUCACUUAAAUGUUAUUUAAUGUUUUACAUCCAGCUGCAGAGGUUCUUUACUGUUUCCCCACAGUUCUCAUCUCCAGUCAUCUUGAAAUGUAGGUUGUAAAUCACUGUAGCAGAAUGAAAUCAAUAAGAGUUUGUCUAAAAUAGUUCAUUUAUAAAUCCCUAUAAACCUCAUGUUGGGUCUGAUCACUGAGACUUGAUCCUCCAUCACAGAUUUGUUUACUGAGCUGAUCUUUAGCUCAUUAGCUGGUUAGUUAGCAGCAUCUAGUGGACAGAGAAUAAAACUACAAAUGACAUCAGUAAUGUUUCUGACUCUGGCUGGAUGGAGAUGUUGUAAAGGAAAGGUGUGACACUUUCUCACGACCAAAUGGAAAACCUAUUUAAGAAAUAAAAGCUUUUGUUCUUGUAACCUUCAUCAAAUAUCAAAACAAAUGGAUCACAAACAUAAAAUAGGUACAACCCCCCACCACUCAGGUCAGGGAGAGGAACUGGGAAAUAAAAAGAGUCUGCCACAGGUUAGACCGGUUCUGACGUCACUGUAGGCGUGGACUCUAAAGUUGUGAGGCUGUGACGGCGUCCUCAGAUCAGAUGCACACAGACACCAGGACUGACGAGGAAGAAAUGAGCAGCUUCUGAUUGUAGUCUGAGCUCAGAUCAUCAGUGAAACAUGCAGAGCGUGUCUGAACUGGUCUGAGAGCUUAAAUCCACUUGGCUCAGGUUUCUGGUUUAACUGUCAAUACUCCAAGUGUUCGAACAAUAAUUUUACCAACACUGUGGAGCCAGCAUGGAGUAUAACUAAACUAACUGGCUGCUAAGGGCCAAUAAUGGUGGCACAAGCCUUAAUGAUUUAACAUUUAGGGAUCAAACCAACCCAAAAUAUAAACUAUAAUGAAGUUUGGAUUUCAGUCAGAAACACAUUUUCUGAGCACUAUUACAAAUUGUGAGAAUAUAAAGAAAUAGUGGUGCCAGAUUAAAUUCUGGAAUUUAACAGGAUUUUGGGUAUGCUCUAACACAUGUGGGUACUGUACCCACAUUUUAAAUAUAAGGGCUAGUAUAACUAAUAACUGGGCUAAAACAACAAACCUUUAAAACAUGGGAUUGUAACAAAAAGGUCGAGGUUUAUUUAUAAUUGUAAUAAAAUAAAGUGAAUUUGGUGCUAUAUUUGAUAUGAUUUCAGUGAAAUACAGAAUCAGGAUUUCUCUUCCAAACUUUCAACAUUUUUAAUUCAAUUUACUUUAUUUAACUACUCUGUGUCAAUACUACAUCCUGAGCACAGUUUUGGGGUGCUACAGCAAAUCUGAGAUGUACAUAAUUACAUUUUAGGGGCAUUGUGACAACUUGUGGGAUUAUUAAAUUGCCUAAAUCUGUCAGAGAACCGAAUCGUGGUGCCAAACUUAGUGCUGAGGGGUGUAAAUAAAUAUCGUGUCAGGCAGAGACGUCACUAGGAUUGAAAGGUUAUUCAUAACUUGCGCUUGCAAAAUCUGCACUCGCAUCUUUUGUUACUGUAUUAGAACUACCCUUAUGUCAACAACGAUAAUGUUACAUGGGCAUCAGAAGGAAAAACAAUUUUUUUUUGAUUUGUUUUUACAUAUAUAUAUCAAGAGAACAAGAUGUGAUGUUUCAUAGAAAUCCUUAUUGCUUACAUGCUAUUUUAAAGCUGCUACGUUCAAUGUUUUGCUCUAAACUGCAUUUCAUUGUAUUUUGUAUAGAAUGACAAUAGAGUCUCUAUCAUGAAUCCUGAAAUCUAUUAGCUGUGGGGAGUCUGGGUGGCCUCCCUCAGAAAACUUUGAGCAUUAAACACAUUCUGGUGAAUUUUUCUGCACCAGUUCAAAAUCUAAAACUCAACAGAAACUAAGUCAGUGCAGCUCUCAGUCAUUCUGUGUUGCUCUCAGAUAUGUUUCUCCUGUAGAUCAACUUUGUCCCUGCUGAGUCAUCACACAUGCAGAUGAAAAAACAAUCAUUUUGUCCGAUCCAUUUCUAAAUCAGAUCUGGCACUGGUAGCACAGCUAGCUUCUCUCAUUGACCAGGAUUCAAAGAGCUGCUAACUGGUUGAUUAAUGUUAACAUUACUGUAGCUAGCUGGCCAACCAAAAAUGUCAGAUAACUCUGUUAAGUGUUAUAACAACAUAGCAUAACUGUAAUUCAGUGCUGCAAAAAAGACAACAUGAAGCCUUGAAACGCAUCAGGUGAACAAACGGUGAACAUUCACUUAAAAAGCAGCUUUUUAGUGACAGUAUGUGAGUACAAAGACACACCAGAGCAGCUGGUAUCCUAACAUACUUUCUUCACCUCGCUGUGUGCCGGCAGUGCAGCAGGCGAGAGCAGUGAAAACAAGGAAUGGAGGUUAACUUACAUGGACUCUACAUGAGCCGAGUGGAAUGGAUUUAAAGAAGGAGCAGCGUGAAUUUUUGGAAUUUACUAGUCCAAAAUCAUUGGUCUUAAAAAGUGGGACGCUUCUUGUCCCACCCACAUACAAUGGUUCUGACUCCCAUGUAAUGUAGCUUAUAGACACAUCAACGCUGCAUGGGGGGAAUUCACUUAAGCCAGACUGAGUUCUUUUGUAGGCUGUGUCUUAAAUGCUAUCCAGCUGCUAAUGUAGAUGUGUGAUAAAGUAAUACCAUGUCUAAGUCCAAAGAAUGCUAUUUAAUUACAGUAAUUACUGCACUGUGGAUUGGUUCAAUCAGAGCGUGAUUUUCCUCUGUAGUUUGGCUGCAUUCAAACAUACAUAAGAUGGAAUAAAAUAUUUGGAGGAAUGAUUACUAUAUAUAUGGAUGCAUGUACAGAAUGUAUGAUUGCUUUUACUUUAUUUUCCUGUGUGUAUAUCUGUGGGUAUAUGCUCAUGUAAAGCCUAGCCAUUUAGGCAACAUCUACAUAUUUAUUUAAGAUAUUACAGCCAACAAAUGCAGAAAGUUAAGUUUGUCAGAAUAUAGCAAAUUUAAUAAAUAUCAUGAAAUAAUUUAGUUUAGGCUUUGCCUUGGUGCCUAGACCUGCCAACAAGUGUUUGUUAAAAGAGAACAAAACAUCCCACAUUUCCUUAAACCUUUAGAUCAGUAACUGACUGACCUCAGAAGAAGCUGCCCUGCCAAUCUCCCGCUUCUCUCUCCUAAAAUAUAUUCAAUAUCCAUCUGGUCAAUGAAUGGAAUCAUAUACAACAGCAUUAACAGGGACACUAUAACAUUUAGUUUUCACUGACAACAACAUUCUGUGGGGACUGACAUUGUUUUGAAAUAGGCUACUAGAGAUGGGUAAUAUUAAUGGCGUUCACAUUAUCAAUACUAGUGUUUUCCAUAGCCAACUAAAAUAUCCGCUUUCCUUUAGCUCAGUUUAACGUAGCUUUAGUUCAGCGAGUAACAGUGACUAACAGGAACUUCCAGUUUGACUCUCUAUCACUCUCUACGCUCAGUCAGUCUUCCUUCACCGUGUCUGUGUGAAGAAAGGUUGCUUGGCAGAGAAGUGAUGAAGUGCAGCCUCCCUCAGGGUCCUAGUGCCCGACCACAGCAGGGAUUUAAACAACCAGAGGGAUUAUGCAGUUUUAGAAACAUGCAGUUUUAACUGUUAAUACUCUGAAGUUAAGUGCAUGGAUGAAGAGUUCAGGGCUCAAAUACAGACAUCUUCCAGCACUGAGACGGACUUGGUUUCACUGAAGACCCUUUAGCACAGUCCAGGUCUCAGCUGUCCCAGAGGCUCCAGGACCCUUUCUAGGUGGACCAGAGCCAGCAGGGUGGAAGGGAACUUAGAAGUUUGAUUAGGGCCCCUCAGCCAUCAGGGGCCCUCACAGGAAUAGAGGGGGACCAAAGUAAAAUCAGCCAUCCUGUGUCUCUCUGGUCAUGAUUUAAAUGUUUAAAGACAGAAGUAAAGAUUUAAAGACACAGACCUUGAGGAGAACUAAAGUGUCCUGAGAUGUAAAGCUUGUUGUAAUGAAUGAGUGCAGCUCUCUCAGCAUGUUGUUGUGUUUGUGUGAAGGUGUGGGCUCUGCUAUGAAUCAGUGUGAGGACAGAGAGGAGGGAGUCCCUCCCUCUAAAAGCACUCUGUGUGGGGAACAUGACAGCCAGACCAAAGCUCAGAGCCCAGAGCAGCAGCAGGGACCAGACUCUGCUGGACCUGGACCUGGACCUGGACCUGGACCUGGACCCAGCUGUGUGUCCAUGAAGAGUGACCAGUCUAUGGAGCCUCCUCUUGCUUUUAAAGGACAAAGGAGGAUCCAUCAGCAGAGACCAGAUUCUCCUGGAUCCAGCUGUGUGUCCAUGAAGAGUGACUGGUCUAUGGAGCCUCCUCUUGCUUUCAAAGGACAAUACAGCGACCGGUCCAUGGAUUUCCCUGUACACUUCAAAGCUGGACAUAAUUGUGCUGAACAAAAAGUUGAUCAGCAGAGCUCAGAGGUUCCCAGUGGUCAGUCUGCCCAGCAGCAUCAAACAGACCUGGACUCCAUAUUUAUGCUGCUCCAGGAAAACAUUGGCAGGUUUGUGAAGAACGAGGUGAAGAAGUUCCAGAGGGUUCUGAGUCCAGAUUACCCAGCAUGCUUAGAGAGUCAGAGGGAGGAUGAGGAGGUGUUGGACGGUGAGGAGGAGGAGCAGAGGAGGAGCAGCAGAGAGGCAUUUCUGAAGAUCACACUGCACUUCCUGAGGAGAAUGAAGCAGGAGGAGCUGGCUGAGCGUCUGCAGAGCAGAACUGUUGCUCCAGUGUGCCGACGUAAACUCAAGUCUAACCUGAAGAAGAAGUUCCAGUGUGUGUUUGAGGGGAUUGCUAAAGCAGGAAACCCAACCCUUCUGAACCAGAUCUACACAGAGCUCUACAUCACAGAGGGAGGGACUGCAGAGGUCAAUGAUGAACAUGAGGUCAGACAGAUUGAAACAGCAUCCAGGAAACCAGACAGACCAGAAACAACCAUCAGACAAGAAGACAUCUUUAAAGCCUCACCUGGAAGAGAUGAACCAAUCAGAACAGUGAUGACAAAGGGAGUGGCUGGCAUUGGGAAAACAGUCUUAACACAGAAGUUCACUCUGGACUGGGCUGAAGACAAAGCCAACCAGGACAUACAGUUCACAUUUCCAUUCACUUUCAGAGAGCUGAAUGUGCUGAAAGAGAAAAAGUACAGCUUGGUGGAACUUGUUCAUCACUUCUUUCCUGAAACCAAAGAAGCAGGAAUCUGCAGCUUUGAAGAGUUCCAGGUUGUGUUCAUCUUUGACGGUCUGGAUGAGUGUCGACUUCCUCUGGACUUCCACAACAAUGAGGUCCUGACUGAUGUUACAGAGUCCACCUCAGUGGAUGUGCUGCUGACAAACCUCAUCAGGGGGAACCUGCUUCCCUCUGCUCGCCUCUGGAUAACCACACGACCUGCAGCAGCCAAUCAGAUCCCUCCUGAGUGUGUUGACAUGGUGACAGAGGUCAGAGGGUUCACUGCUCCACAGAAGGAGGAGUACUUCAGGAAGAGGUUCAGAGAUGAGGAGCAGGCCAGCAGGAUCAUCUCCCACAUCAAGACAUCACGAAGCCUCCACAUCAUGUGCCACAUCCCAGUCUUCUGCUGGAUCACUGCUACAGUUCUGGAGGAGGUGUUGGAGACCAGAGAAGGAGGAGAGCUGCCCAAGACCCUGACUGAGAUGUACAUCCACUUCCUGGUGGUUCUGUCCACACUGAAGAACAUCAAGUAUGAUGGAGGAGCUGAGACAGAUCAGCACUGGAGUCCAGAGAGCAGGAAGAUGAUUGAGUCUCUGGGAAAAGUGGCUUUUGAGCAGCUGCAGAAAGGAAACCUGAUCUUCUAUGAAUCCGACCUGACAGAGUGUGGCAUCGAUAUCAGAGCAGCCUCAGUGUACUCAGGAGUGUUCACACAGAUCUUUAAAGAGGAGAGAGGACUGUACCAAGACAAGGUGUUCUGCUUCGUCCAUCUGAGUGUUCAGGAGUUUCUGGCUGCUCUUCAUGUCCAUCUGACCUUCAUCAACUCUGGUGUCAAUCUGCUGGCAGAAGAACAAACAACCUACCGGCAGUCUAAAGUCUUCAGAGACAAACCUAAACUAACACAUCUCUACCAGAGUGCUGUGGACAAGGCCUUACAGAGUCCAAAUGGACACCUGGACUUGUUCCUCCGCUUCCUCCUGGGUCUUUCACUGCAGACCAAUCAGACUCUCCUACGAGGUCUGCUGACACAGACAGGAAGUAGCUCGCAGACCAAUCAGAAAACAGUCCAGUACAUCAAGAAGAAGAUCAGUGAGAAUCUGUCUCCAGAGAGAAGCAUCAAUCUGUUCCACUGUCUGAAUGAACUGAAUGAUCGUUCUCUAGUGGAUCAGAUCCAACAGUCCCUGAGUUCAGGAAGUCUCUCCACAGAUAAACUCUCUCCUGCUCAGUGGUCAGCUCUGGGCUUCAUCUUACUGUCAUCAGAAAAAGAUCUGGACGUGUUUGACCUGAAGAAAUACUCUGCUUCAGAGGAGGCUCUUCUGAGACUGCUGCCAGUGGUCAAAGCCUCCAACAAAGCUGUGUUGAGUGGCUGUAACCUCUCAGAGAGAAGCUGUAAAGCUCUGUCCUCAGUUCUCAGCUCACAUUCCUCUAGUCUGAGAGAGCUGGACCUGAGUUACAACGACCUGCAGGAUUCAGGAGUGAAGCUGCUGUCUGCUGGACUUGAGAGUCCACACUGCAAACUGGAAACUCUCAGGCUGUCAGGCUGUCUGAUCACAGAGAAAUCCUGUGCUUCUCUGGCCUCAGCUCUGAGCUCCAACCCCUCCUAUCUGAGAGAGCUGGAUCUGAGCUACAAUCAUCCAGGAGACUCAGGGGUGAAGUUGCUGUCUGCUGGAUUGGAGGAUCCACAUUGGAGACUGGACACUCUCAGGGUGGACCAUGGUGGAGAGCAGAGGUUAAAACCUGGUGUGAGGAAGUAUUUCUGUGAACUCACACUGGACACAAACACAGCAAACAGAAACCUCAAACUGUCUGACAACAACAGGAAGGUGACGCUGGUGAGAGAGGAGCAGCCAUAUCCUGAUCAUCCAGAGAGAUUUGACCACUGGGAACAGCUGCUGUGUAGAAAUGGUCUGACUGGUCGUUGUUACUGGGAGGUCGAGUGGAGAGGAGGAGUUUAUAUAUCAGUGAGUUACAGAGGAAUCAGAAGGAGAGGAGACAGUAAAGACUGUGUGUUUGGAUUGAAUGAUCAGUCCUGGAGUCUGAAGUGCUCUGCUGGUCGUUUCUCUGUCUGGCACAAUAACAGCGUAACAGACCUCCCUCUCUCCUCCUCCUCCUCGUCCUCCUCUUCUUCCUCGUUCUCCUCCUCCUCUAACAGAGCAGCAGUGUAUGUGGACUGUCCUGCUGGCUCUCUGUCCUUCUACAGAGUCUCCUCUGACACACUGAUCCACCUCCACACCUUCAACACCACAUUCACUGAACCUCUUUAUCCUGGUUUGGGGUUCUGGUCCUCUGGUUCCUCAGUGUCUCUGUGUUCUGUGUAGGAGGGAAACAACUUCCAGUCCUGUGGUUUAAAUGUUGGUGGUGGACGAGGCUUCACUUUGGUUAACAUCUGGCUCACUGAUUGUGCCUUUAAUGUCAGAAAUGUGUUUUCUUAGAAAUGGUGAAAUGAUCUCAGGGCUGAACUUGUGUACAAACUGUGUUGACUUUGAUUUUCACUUCAAGUUUUCUUGGAGCAGCAUCUAGUAGCUGCUGAUGGCUGCAGAGCUUCUUAUUCACUUCAAUAAAGGUUUGAGCUCAACAAA